AGAAGACAGGAACUGCUGUCAAAGUUCUGUCCUCUGCACACUUUGUUAUCUUGGCCAGUUCGUCCACCCACAAGUCCAAAGAGGUGUAGUUCUCUGAUAUCAGGGAGAUCGCCACUAGGCACUGCUCGAUAGCCUGAUUGUACAUGGGAUAACUUUCUGCGGAUGUAGCUGCUCUGAUGCCUUUUCUAUCCAACAAACGGAUAAGGUGGCUAAGAAACGUUUUGCGGAUGUACUCCCCACUGAAACUUAGGAAUACGUCGUACCUCAUGAUCACGAAGCUUUUUUCCUUUUCCGCAAAGAGGGUGAAUAAUAGUUUUGUCAAAAUUUGUUGCACUCCAUGUCUCUGACUUGUUCUUCGGCGUGUAUACCCUCUCAAUAAGAUGGAUUACGUGAUCUGCACUUCUACCAUGUACGAAUAGUAUUACAGCCAGCGAAGUCAACCUUUCUUUGAUAUUCUGUUUUCACCAAUAAUGAUUUGCCAAAUAUUCUUUCCUUCGAAUGUAUAUCUUUUACACAAUAGAGAAUGUGUCCAGCUUGUAUGAUGAUGUCCAGAAGAAAUUUGAAGUAUUCAAAUUUAUUUCCAGCUUGUAUGAUGAUGUUAUAACACGUUGACUUUGAUAAAAAAUCGUCAUAAGAAUUGUUCAAGCUUUACUAUUGAUUGGAAGAUUCAAAACCAACGGCAUACGUAGCUCUGUCAACAUCUCUUUUUAUGGAUUCAUCCUCUUCACCUCGAGUCGUGAAGCAGUACCAAGUGUUCCUCAGCUUCCGAGGAGAAGACACUCGCAGGACCAUUGUCAGCUUCUUGCACAAAGCACUUGUUGACCGGGGAAUUAAUACCUUCAAAGAUGAUAAAACGCUUGAGAUUGGCAGCUCCAUUUCAGACGAAAUCAAAGAAGCUAUACAUAAUUCAAAGAUCGCGGUUGUGGUUAUCUCGGAGAACUAUGCUUCUUCAACUUGGUGUCUGAACGAGCUCCAAAUGAUAUUGGAUCUUCACAAGAAACAGCAGCUCACUGCAGUCCCAAUCUUUUACGAUGUCGCUCCCUCUGACGUUGGGCAUCAGAGAGGAACCUUCGCCUUAGAAAGGUACAAAUGCUCAAAAAUCAUGCUGUUGUUUUCCAGCGAGAAGAGAAAAUUUGCGGAGAAGAUUCAGAAAUGGAGAGAAGCUCUAACCGAAAUUGCAGGAAUAUCAGGCACGGACUCCAAAACUUGGUGAGUUUUUCUCCAGUAAUUAAUAAAAGUAUAAUAAAGGUCUUAUUCCAUGAUCAAAGCUGACAUGUUCCUCGGGUGUUAGUGAGGAUGAGACUGCUAUGAUUGAAGAUAUUGUUGGACGUGUUUCAAGACAUUUUUUUUCUAUGGAGACAUUAAAAUUCAGUGACACUGUUGGAAUGAACUGCCAUAUGGAAGAACUCAAUUUUGUGAUGGAUACAGAGGGUCUGAUAGGUAUCUGGGGAAUGGGAGGCAUAGGAAAAACCACCAUUGCCAAAUGUCUCUAUAAGGAACAUUCGCAUCGCUUUGCAUAUCAUUGUUUCAUAGAGAACAUUAAGAGUUCCGCAGAGAAGGGCCUCAUACAUUUACAAGAAAAGCUUCUUUCGAAUAUCCUGGGCAAAGGACAUGAGAAGCUUUGGAGUGUAGAGCAGGGAUGCCUCUAUAUUAAAUCGAGGCUUGGAAACCGUAAAGUUCUCCUUAUCCUUGAUGACGUCGACAAUUUAGACCAGCUGCAUGUCCUGGCAAAAGAGACUAGUUGGUUUGGACCAGGGAGCCGAAUCAUCAUAACCACAAGAGACAAGGGAUUGUUAUUCUCCAGUGGAGUCAGAUGUGUAUACUGCGUUGACAUUUUGGGCAAAAAUGACGCAAUCCAAGUCUUUAAACAGGCUGCUUUUGAAGGAGGAGAAGCUCCUUCUGAUGAUUAUGAACAACUGUCAAUCCGUGCUUCUAGCCUUGCACAAGGUCUUCCUUCCGCCCUUAAAGCUUUUGGCACAUAUCUCCGUCGAAUGACCUCUAUAGAGGACUGGGAAAAGGCAUUAGAAAGACUCAAAAAAGUUCCUCACCAGAGAGUCAUGGAGAUUCUGAGAACCAGCUAUAUGGGGUUAGAUGGAAGACAUCAGGCUGUUUUCCUUCAUGUCGCAUGCCUCUUCAAUGGAGACUCAGUCCGCCGUGUAACUUCACUUCUAGAUGAUGGUGAAUUAGAGAUAAAAGCUUUAACAGAGAAGUCCCUCAUCGACAUAUCAGCCGAUGGGUGUAUCAAGAUGCAUGUCUUGAUAGAACAAGCGGGAAAAGAAUUUGUGCGCGAAGAAUCAGACUCCAUGCCUUGGAGGCAAAAAGUUCUAUGGGAACAGGAGCAAAUUAUUUCUGUGCUGCAAAACAACACGGUAAGGAAGGGUUCAUAAAACAAUUAGACUCUUUAUUCUUCUCUGUUCUAAUCUCGAUGGUUUUCGGUUGUGUGUUUGUCUCCAUGUCAAUUCAGCCACGAUUCUCUCAUCAGGGUACAACAAGAAUCCAAAGUUUGGCCCUACACAUGUGUGAGAUGCCUCACGUCUUGUAUAUUAAGGGAACGAUUUUUGACACCAUCAAUCUAAAUUCCUCAAGGUCUUCCAGCAUUUGAAUGAUAUAGAAUCCAAGUUGCAAUUUCUUCCAGGUACAGAUGGCCUGCCCCAACAACUCAGGUUACUACAUUGGGAUGCCUAUCCCUUAACAACCUUGCCUCUCACGUCCUACCACAAUCUAAAUUAUCUUGUCGAAAUAAAUCUCCAUUACAGCAAUCUUGAGCGCCUCUGGUAUGGAAACCCGGUAAGACAUUACAGUGUACUGGAGUUGUUUUGAUAGAACAUUUCUAAAGAACUCAAAUCCACUAAAGAGCUUACUGAAAAAAAACACUUGAGAAUCUUUAUCUUUGCCUUGGUUAUAUCCAGGUCCUCCCUAUGUUGAAGAGACUAGACAUGACAUGUUCUCAUAACCUGAGAGAACUUCCAGGUCUGUCAGGAGCCAAAAAGCUGGAAGAGUUGCUAAUGGAAGGCACAACGAGAGUGAAGCAACUCCCAAUGUCCAUUGAAAGCUUAUCUAGUCUGCAAACACUCAAUUUAUCCCACUGUGGUUUAGUGCAUCUCCCAAUCCGUAUAUCAGAAACGAAUAUCACUCUGAAAAACGAGAAUAGGGAACGCCGGCAAAUAAUACUAGAAUUUCCCAGAGAUAAAAAAGGCAUACGUUUUCUUGCAAAUCUGUCCAUUAAGGGGAGGUUAUAUAUUCCGUUGUCGCAUCUCACAGGAAACGCAGAGCACUUCUCCUGCAUAACCAAGCAAAAAACUCCUGAUGAAGUGAUGGGGAUGCUGUUUGAAGGCGUCCGGCAGAGCGAAAGCUUUUCUGAAUUUAAAUCACUCCACAUCAAGCGGAUCAAGUACAUUGAGGAAGAUGCUCCUUUUGCGUGUAAUAGCUUCUCAGGCUUUCCUUUCUUGGCAGAGUUAAAACUGAUCAACUUAAACAUCCAGAAAAUUCCAGACAACAUUGAUCAUUUGCAGUCACUAGAGAAACUAGACCUCAGUGGAAAUGAUUUCACAAGUUUACCCACAACUAUGGAGAACCUUUUCCAAGUUAAGAACUGUCAUGUUUUGUAACUGCACUAAACUUGAGGCGUUGCCAGAGCUAAUUCAUUUGCAGACACUCAAACUAUCUGGCUGUUCAAAUCUCAGAUCACUGGUGGAACUCUCUACCCUGAAUCCCACCCGAGUAAGAUAUGGUAUGCUAGAGCUUGGGCUUGACAACUGCAAAAGUGUUCAAUCCUUGUCAGACCAGCUAAGUCAUUUCCCCAGUUUGAUACACUAGGACCUCAGCAGACAUGAAUUUGAGGCACUACCUGAAAGCAUCAUAAACCUCUUAUCUUUGGGAACGCUCUGCCUCAAUAACUGCAAAGAACUCAAAUCAGUGGAAGAGCUUCCACAGAACCUCAAGCAUCUCUACGCACAUGGCUGCAAUUCUCUAGAGUAUCUCUGCCUUCUCUACAACAAUUCUAUUGAACACCUCGAUCUUAGCAAUUGCUGCACCCUGGAAGAAGGUGAAUCUACUACGUUGGCUCAAAUUCUAGAGGACGGAUAUAGCAAUGCGGUAAUCUUUUUGCUCUCUCAACUAACUUUUUUUUCUUUCUUUCUAUGAUUUGAUUCCCGUUUGUUUUCCGUAGACUACACCAAGAUUUGCAUGCAUACCGGGAGAUGAAGUGCCCAGUUAUCUAGAUAAUCAAACCCUAG